AUGGAUGGUAGUUCCACUACUACUUCCCCUGUAGGGCACACCACUUCUGGCAGUGUUGGUCCAAGUGCUGGUGCUAUCCCUAGUGGUAGUACUGGUCCUCAUGUUAGUGCUGGUGGAGGUGGUGGUGCACAUUGUUCUCCUCCUCCUCCUUCACCACCUGCUAAUCAUGUAGAUAGUGGAGAGGAGGAUGUGGAUAUUAGUGGAGAGACUGCAUCUAUGAGUAGUUCUGAUAGGAGUGAUAGUGAGGGCGAUGAGUCAGCAUUAGGAUCACAAAGAAGUGAUGGGGAUGAGGGUGGGGAUAGUGGACAUGAUGUUGAGAUGCCCCAGGAUAUGGAGUCAAGAGGUGCAGAGAGAGCCGAUGAGGAGGGAUUGAUAGAUCGGGUUAGGAGUUUAGAGGACUUGGUUGCUACUUUGCGGCAGUAG